GCUGUGCUUAUGUUACGCCGAGGUGAAAAGGGUUACAAACAUAUAGCCUUUUUCCAUCCAUAUUGUAAUGCUGGCGGAGGCGGUGAAAGAGUUUUAUGGUGUGCUAUUAGAGCCAUUCAAAGAAGAUAUCCAAAAGUGAAAUGUUAUAUUUAUACAGGAGAUACAGAUGCUACUCCUCAAGAAAUUCUUCAGAAAGCACAGCAAAGAUUUAAUAUUGUUUUGCCAAGACCGGUCGAAUUUAUUUUCCUUAAUUGUCGAACCCUUGUUGAAGCUAAACACUAUCCAGUUUUAACUUUACUUAUGCAGAGUUUAGGGUCUCUCUUGCUUGGUGGUGAAGCUUUGUCAAAAUUUCGUCCAGAUGUGUAUUUUGAUACUAUGGGGUAUGCAUUUACCUAUCCUCUGUUCCGAUAUAUUGGAGGAUGCACUGUUGGUUCAUAUACUCAUUAUCCAACUAUAAGCACAGAUAUGUUAGGCCGGGUUGCAAACAGGAUAGAAGCUCAUAAUAACAGAGGAGUGAUUGCCCAGAAUGUUGUUUUCAGUAUGUUGAAGCUUGGAUAUUAUCAUCUCUUCACUUUCCUGUACUCCAUAGUCGGGCGAUGUGCUCAUGUGGUCUUAGUAAACUCAACUUGGACACAUGGACAUAUUAACACAUUGUGGGGGCAUUCUUGUACUCACAUUGUAUACCCACCAUGUGAUACAGAAAAGUUCAAGAGUUUGCCUCUUAUUCCUGAUUCAGAAAAGUCUAUGAAGACUAUAAUUUCUGUGGGUCAGUUUCGUCCAGAGAAAGACCACUUGUUACAGUUGAAAUCCUUUCAGAGGCUCUGUGAAAUUUUACACCCAAGUUUGUAUGAAAAAGUGCAGUUAGUUUUGAUAGGUGGGUGUAGAAAUGAGCAAGACCAACAACGUGUAGAUAAUCUAAAGAAUAUAGCAAAUGAGCUUGGCAUUAGUGAUAAAAUUGUUUGGAAACUGAAUGCAUCUUUCACAGACCUUUUAGAUUCUGUACAGACUGGGACAAUAGGCCUUCACUCUAUGUGGAAUGAACAUUUUGGCAUAUGUGUAGUAGAGUGUAUGGCUGGUGGACUGAUUAUGGUUGCACAUGAUUCUGGUGGACCAAGGAUGGACAUAGUCAUAGAUUAUGAAGGCCAGCUGACAGGGUAUAGAGCAACAGAUAUAGAAAGUUAUGCCCAGGCAAUGAAAAGGAUAUUGGAAAGUUCUGAUGAGGAAAGAAACCUCACAAGAAGAGCAGCUAGAGCCUCAGUUGAUAGAUUCAGUGACACAGAAUUUGAGCUAUCUUUCUUGACUACCAGUGAACAGUUAUUUUUAGAUAACGAAGUGCCUUAGUUUUAAUGAUUUAACAUUUGAUAUUGAUCGUCAGUGACUUUUGUAAGCCAGUUUAGAAGUGGAAUGUUUAUAUCAAUAUUUGUUCCUGUGGAAAUGUAAAUCAUUGCCUUUUAUGUAGGAAUAUUCCUCAGUGUGAGCUGGAAUUGGUGGUUGAAACUUGGCAAUAAGGUACGUAAUUGAUUGGUGGGAGGUGGUUGAGUGUGGAGAAACCCCCAUUUGCAUGCUGUCACAGAGCAAUUUUUCUUUUGCUACUGUCAAACAAGGAUGUCUAGCUGCAGUCCUGCUACCUGACAUUGUUUUUCAAGACUAGUUUUGACCUAGAGUGGUUUUAUGCUACAGAACUCCUGUUCUGAGAACUUCCAUACUCUUUCCAAAGGGUAAGGUAGAGAUGGUGGUGGAGGAGUUAUCUACAAUCAAGACUUAUCCACAAUGCAUUCUCCUUUAGAGUGGGAAGUAUCUUUCCUCCUGUGCUGCCUAAUUUAGAUGCCAUGCAAAGCCCUGGGGAAGCCUUAGACCAACUUUUCACACACGACUAUCUUCUGCUAGUCUUAUUCUCAGAAAACCAGACUGGCCUUUCUUAUCACAUUCUGCACUUGAAGUCUUUUCUCUCAUUCCUUCCUGAAUUUGUGGCAAAAACCCAGUACCCGUUGGUCCCUGACAUGGGAUAUGGGAGCUUUCAGUUCCUUCUCUCCAGUUCUUGUUGGUGGUGCUUUUAUGCCCAGUGCAAAUUGUGAGGCGUUACUUAAGAAGGGAACAACCUCUUUCCCAGACUUUUGGUGAUUCUUAUUUAUUAUCUGCAAGCACAAUGAGAAGGUGUCUUGAAUUACCCUUUCAUUUAGGCUUCAUGCUAUAAUCAAAUGAGUACCUCUUGUUUGGCAAAGUGGAUAGUCAUACAGUUGAGUGAGAGUGCAAGAAGUUGGGGCAGGACCAUGCAUUGCAUUUUGAAACGACUAUUUAGUAGCAUAGGUAAUGAAGACAGGAGUUUGGAGAUGUCAGACCUCAGUAACACAGGUACUGAGGGCAGGUGUCUGAGGAAAUUAGACCACUUUUACCUUGUUCUAAACUUGGUUCUUUAAAAUUUUCUUAUAUAAGGUUUCCAGACACUUCAAUGCCAGGCUCCUGUACCAUUUCCCUGACAUCCCUAUGUCAGACUGAAUAAGAAAUUAAUGGAGUCGCCGUUUCCCUGCUCUCUAUCAUGACUGGGAAGUGUAACAUUUAUGUGUGGUGUGUGGAUAUUGAAAUUGGAAGUCAUUUGAGAGAUGACUCCCCACCUAAGGAGCGGGCCUCCUCCCUACAUACAAGGCACCGGUCUGUAUUCCUGUGGGAUCAGAUCAUAAAUAUAAAAGUAACACAUAUUCUUCUUACUUAUACACCAGAUCCUUUUACCCACCUCAACCACGCCACUUAGUCCCUGAUGCUGCAAGAAGAAUUGCUCAGGAAAUGGCAGGCAAUUUGGAGGUUUCCUCCCACUCACCCACCCAUAACCAAUUAAGUACCUCAUUACCAAAUUUCAAUGACUGGUUCCAGUCAGUGCUGAGGAAUACUCCUGCAUAAAAGAUUGAUUUGCAUACUUGGAAAAAUACAAAGUACAGUAGUACAUUAAAAAUUUGUGAUUUCCAUUGUUUUUAUCAUUUAAUUUACAUUUUUUAAAAAAUUAUGUAAUCGUACGUACAGUUGCCUCAAGUAUUCCUUUACCCCCUGCCCUUCUGUUUCAUGAAAAUGGUAUGGUAACACUGAAUUCUGCAAAUGAAAGCCUAUUUGUUGUGUAAUGACGGACGUGAAUGGUCGAGCUAUUGGUAUGUCAAUGCUCAUAUUUUUUUAAAUACUUCUGUUGGCAGUAUGUUAAUGGUAUACGAAUAAUAGUUCACAUACAAAUGAAAUGAGUUAUCGUUAAAUAGAAAAAUAGUAUAGCAAGGUAAUAAAAAUAGAAAUGGUAAAAAUCAUGUUCAGUUUUGAUUAAUCAUACAUCGUCAACCUUAGUUACACUCAGGUGUGGCUACUACAGGCGUUUGCUGAAAUCCAACUUCGUUCAAGUAGAUAUUUGGUGUCAAUUUCAGAACAUAAUUAUUUGAAUGGAAAAACACUUUCGAUUUACAUAAUCCAUCAGUUUAUAAAGUGAUGAGAUUAUAAAACCACAAAUAUCAAGAACUAUAAAUAUAAUUUCAUAAAGGCAAUUAAAAUAGCCAUUGACAGGUUAUGAGACGGAAGGCUUGGGGAGAAAUUACUAGUAGACAAUCAGAUGUAUAAAGGAACAAAUAUAUCCAGUGUAUCACUCCUAUUUUUUUUUAUUCGAGCCGUGUCUCGGCAGAGUAGCCUAGAUGUAAAUUUCUCGAGUCAUCCGAGUAACAACACAACCACCCUGAUGGUCUUUAUAUCAGUGGUAGAUAUGGUUACACACUGGUAAAUUCAGUACUUUGGUAUGAUGAGAGAGAGACUGAACUAUGGUUGGGUUUAUUUUCUGUCAAUUUUGUUGGUAUUAUUAGAACAAUACUAUAUAGACCUUUUAUAAUACCUUGGGAAUGACAACAAGGAUUCGAUAAAAGUUGUAUAGCUUAUAAAAGAGAGGCGCGGAGCUAGUAAGUGAUGUCGACCAUUGUUAGUCCAUUAAGUGUUUCUCUUUAGUAUCGGUCUAGUGGCUGGAGUUGACAAUGGAUCGUAAUCAACAAAGAAUCGGCAACAGGAGCAGAAUUGUGGGCAUGAGAGACUGGCAUGUCUUACAAAGGUAUUGCAAGGGAAUUGGGGAUAUCAUUGCCAACAGUUCGACUUUGGUGUCGAAAAUGUAAGGAGUCUGGAAACCUCAACGACAGUCCAAGAGCUGGAGGACCAAGAAAAAUAACCCCUGAAGAGAAAAAGGUGCUUUUCGUGCAGAAUCAGAAUUGGAAAAAAUAUGCAAUUAAAAAAAGGCACUUUUCCUGCAGAAUCUUAAUUGAAAAAAAUACGCAAUUAAAAAAAAGUGCUUUUCCUGCAGAAUCUUAAUUGAAAAAAUAUGCAAUUCAAAAAAGGUGCUUUCCCUACAAAAUCUUAAUUGAAAAAAAUAUGCAAUUAGAAAAAGGCUUUUACUGCCAAAUUAGAAUUAAAUAAAGGUACUUUCCCUACAGAAUCUUAACUGAAAAAAUAUGCAAUUAGGAGAAGGUUUUUACUGCAAAAUCAGAAUUUUAAUAAAAGGUGCUUUCCCUGCAGAAUCUUAAUAUAAAAAAAUACAUAGUAAAAACAAGGUGCUCUUGCUUCAAAAUCGGAAAAGGGUACUUUCCAUGCAGAAUCUUAAUUGAAAAAGAUAC